AGACACAGCCACAGUUUCUUUGCCUUUAAUUCCCUCCCCUUUUGUCUAACAGGAAGCCGCGCCAGCCAAUAGGAAAGAGCCGCAUUCACUUCCCGUAUCACGUGGUUUCCGGCUACCUGCUCGGCGGCUACCAGGACAGCGGCUACAUCGUUAUGCUAACAAGAAACAAGAUGCAUACUCCCAUAUUGGAACCAUCUUUGUAUACUGUAAAGGCCAUUCUCAUUCUGGACAAUGACGGAGAAAGACUUUAUGCCAAGUAUUAUGAUGACACAUACCCCACAGUGAAGGAACAGACAGCAUUUGAGAAGAACAUAUUCAACAAAACCCACCGGACUGACAGUGAGAUAGCGUUACUGGAAGGCCUGACUGUUGUUUACAAGAGCAAUAUAGACCUUUUCUUUUAUGUGAUUGGAAGUUCACAUGAAAAUGAGCUUAUGCUUAUGGCCGUUCUCAACUGCCUUUUUGACUCCCUGAGUCAGAUGCUGAGAAAGAAUGUUGAACGUAGAGCUUUGUUGGAGAACAUGGAAGGGCUCUUUCUCGCUGUGGAUGAAAUCGUAGAUGGAGGGGUGAUCCUAGAGAGUGACCCCCAGCAAGUUGUACAUCGUGUGGCCCUCAGAGCAGAUGAUGUGCCUUUGACUGAGCAGACUGUCACACAGGUUCUUCAGUCUGCCAAGGAGCAGAUCAAGUGGUCGCUUCUCCGAUAGUCUGCCCCGGAAGAGCCGCUGUACAGCACUGAUCCAGAUCUUCCUUUUGCUGUCAAUCACAGCUGACAGAUUCAGCGUCAUUGCUCCUUUCCUUCCGUUUCCUUCCAUUUCCCAACCUUUUAGUGCAGUCUCGCACUCGUGUGACAUUCAGAUCAGCAGGGGGUAAAAUAAGGUCUACUGUACAUUCCAGCGCUCACGUUGGUGUUUCAUGUGUCUCUUCACGACACCUCGUAAACCUCGUGACGGCAUUCCAUGCUUUUUUUUUUCUCUCAUGCAGCAUCGUCUUGCCAUUAUGAUUUUGUUAUGAUUUUGCAUUCAUGAUCCUAACGUGUACUUCGAUGUUAACCAAGGUUUAUUUUGCCUUGCCUUUUUCCCCAACGUCAGACGAUUUUAAUAAAUUUGUUGAUGUGGUGUAACAAUUUG